AUGGUGAUGUUUAAGAAUUGCAGAAGGCAUUUUGUGGCGGUGGUGUUGUUCUUACUGGCGUGUGCUCCGGCCAGAGCCAAAGUUACCUACGAUGACAAAGGUUUCAUCAUCAAUGGACAGAAAAAGAUUCUCAUCUCCGGUUCUAUUCACUACCCAAGAAGCACUCCUGAGAUGUGGCCUGAUAUUCUAAAGAGGGCUAAAGAAGGAGGCUUGGAUCUUAUACAGACUUAUGUAUUCUGGAAUGGACAUGAACCAUCUCCUGGAAAAUACUAUUUUGAGGGGAGGUAUGAUUUGGUCAAGUUCCUCAAACUGGCACAUCAGGCAGGGCUCUAUGUUCAUCUCCGCAUUGGGCCUUAUAUUUGUGGAGAAUGGAAUUAUGGGGGAUUCCCUGUUUGGCUAAGAUAUGUGCCUGGGAUGGAGUUUAGAACAGACAAUAAGCCUUUUAAGGUGGCUAUGCAAGGGUUUGUUGAAAAAAUUGUGAACAUGAUGACUUCCGAGAAAAUGUUUGAACCUCAAGGUGGACCUAUUAUUAUGAAUCAGAUCGAAAACGAGUAUGGACCAGUGCAGUGGGAGAUUGGUGCCCCAGGUAAAGCUUAUGCAAAAUGGUUUACACAAAUGGCUGCCGGUCUCAACACUGCCCAACUCCCUUGGAUCGUGUGUAAACAAGAGGACGCCCCCCCUCCCAUGAUUGAUGCUUGCAAUGGAUUCUACUGCGAAAGCUUUCGGCCACACAAUCCCAACACUCCCAAAAUGUUUACAGAACUCUGGACUGCAUGGUAUACAGCAUUUGGAGGUCCGGUUCCUAGAAGAUCUGCAGAAGACACAGCUUUUUCAGUGGCAAAGUUCGUCCAGAAUAAUGGCUCAUACUUCAACUAUUACAUGUUCCAUGGAGGAACGAAUUUUGGUCGGACUGGUGCUCUAUUUCUUACAACUAGCUAUGAGUACGAUGCUCUUCUCGAUGAAUAUGGGCUACCAAAUGAACCCAAAUAUUGGCACUUAGCAGAAUUGCAUAAAGUGAUCAAGCAAGCUGAACCAGCCUUAGUUUCAUCCUACCCCAAAGUCACAUGGCUUGGCAAAAAUCAAGAGGCUCAUGUGUUUAGUGCAAAAACUGGGGGGCAUUGUGCCUUGUUUUUGUCCAACUCCGACCCCCAAAAUGCAGCAAAAGUGAGCUUUUGGAACAAGCAAUAUAAUCUGCCUGCUUGGUCAGUCAGUAUUUUCCCAGACUGCAAAACUGAGGCUUUCAACACUGCAAGGGUUCACGCCAGAGCCCCUCAGAUAAAGAUGGUACGAACCAAUACCAUAUUGUCUUGGCAGUCCUACAUCGAAUAUCCUCCAUCCGUAGGUGAUAAGGACACACAAGUAACAGAUGGAAUAUGGGACCAAGUCGGUAUGACCAGAGACGCCUCAGACUACUUGUGGUACACCACCGAUGUGAACAUUGCACCUAAUGAAGGAUUUCUGAAGGAUGGAAAAGAACCAGUUCUAACUGUCCCGUCUGGUGGACAUGCACUCUACGUUUUCAUUAACGGUCAACUGGCAGGAACUACAUAUGGGACACUGGCAAACCCAAAACUAACAUAUUCUGGGGGUGUAAAACUAAAGGCUGGUGUUAACAAGAUUUCCCUUCUCAGUGCCACAAUUGGUCUCCCGAAUGUUGGCAAGCACUAUGAACAAUGGAGUUAUGGAAUUCAUGCCCCAAUCUCAUUGAGUGGUCUUAAUGAAGGGAAAAGAGACUUGUCUAAGCAGAAAUGGUCUUACAGGGUUGGUAUGAAGGGUGAAUCCUUACAUCUGAAUACUGUAAGUGGAAGUUCCUCUGUGGGAUGGGCACAAGGUGCACAUCUGACUUACAAACACCCCCUAACCUGGUACAAGGCUACUUUCAAUGCUCCUGACGGAAAAGAACCGCUGGUGUUAGACAUGGGCAGCAUGGGAAAGGGUCUGGUAUGGAUAAACGGUGAAGGCGUCGCCCGCCACUGGCCGGCAAACACCGGUCGUGGCAAAUGUGGUACGUGCAGCUAUGGUGGAUUUUACAGUGAGACAAAAUGCCUGACCAAUUGUGGGCAGCCUUCUCAAAGAUGGUAUCAUGUGCCGCGAUCAUGGCUGAAACCAACUGGGAAUCUCUUAGUUGUGUUUGAGGAAUCGGGCGGCGACCCCAAGGGAAUUUCAUUGGUUAGAAGAACCAAGCUUUGAGCAAAUUAAAAUCUUUCUUCAAUUCGAACUCUGCAAAUAUAAUCUUUCAAUUCUGAAGAUAUGAUAUUCAACCAGCCAUGUUAUAAGCCUACCAUUUGUGGCUUAUAGCUUAGAGAAAUCUGGUUUCAACAAAAUUGUUAUUUCGCCCCAAAACUCUUUUAAUUUGCUGGUUGAAUUUCUUUUAAUUUGCCCCAAUGCCCCACAUUUUGGCCCCGACAAAUUAAAAUUGUUAUUUCAAUUCAUUCAUUUGUUGGAAUGUCAUUUGUG